CCCUUGUUGGGUUUCAGUUUGUCAGUAUGACAGUUGGGCACCAGCACACAGGACGAGAGGGUGUUGUGGUCGCCUCACACAUUUUGCCUGUUUGCGUCCACCCUGCAGUUUUUUUGUAGCUGGGUGAAACGUUGCGAAAAUAUGAGACACAGUGAGAGAAAAGUAAAUUACCAUUGUAAGUCCCUCCCUGUGACAUGAUCCAGCAUGUACGCAGCCACACCUUUGUGAAAUGAUACUAGUGUUGUGCAGCUCGCUCGGUGUUGUGUUGCAUGAAAAGUGUUUUAACGUAGCCCGUGGUCUUUAGGCAGGGCUCAUCACUCCGACCACAUCCUCCUCGGCUUGUUUUGCUCCACCCGCUUCGUAAAAAAUCCACCUCUUCAGUCACACAGAGGAGUUUCAGAAGUGUCUUAUUUCUAGACUGAAGGGAGAAGCAGGAACAACACUCCCUCAUCUUCUGAUCGUAACAUGCCAGUCACUUCCCUCAUGUAUCAGACCCUUGUGGAUUUGACUUCUGCUUCUUCUUCUCCACAAACCGACUAAGAACCAGAAUGCUCCCGUUCCAGGCAGCACCGGGUCAGUUCGGCCCCGAGGUCCGGCAGCCGGGCCUGCGGGUGUGGCGGGUGGAGAAGAUGAAGGCCGUGCCUCUGGAUCCCUCCGAGGUGGGGGCCUUUUACAACGGGGACUCCUAUCUGGUGCUGCAGAACCGCGGCGAGCUGGGGGCCGACCUGCACAUGUGGUUAGGUGAGAAGUCGUCUCGGGACGAGCAGGUGGCGUGUGCCAUGCUGGCCACCCAGCUGGACAACUUCCUGGGCGGCGACCCCAUCCAGCACCGGCAGGUCCAGGGCUACGAGUCCCCGGAGUUCAUGACGCUCUUCCCCAGAGGAGUCAGCUACAAGGAUGGUGGUGUGGAGUCGGGCUUCCGGAGGCCUCAGGGCUCAGGGACGGUGCACAGGUUGUACCAAAUCAAGGGGAAACGCAACAUCCGUGCCAAGGAGGUGGAGAUGUCCUGGAGCAGCUUCAACAAGGGAGACUGCUUCAUCCUGGACCUCGGAGAGACGAUCGUGUCGUGGAUCGGAUCGCAGGCCAACAUGUUCGAGAAGCAGAAAGUGCGCGAGAUCGCCUCGUUGAUUCGGGACACAGACAGACACGGCAAGGCAAAAAUCAUGGAUUGCAACGAAGGGGAGGAGCCUGAGGAGAUGCUCAAGGUCCUGGGACAGAUGCCAGCUCUAGCAGAGAGUACUUCAGAAGAGGACAGCCAGGCGGACGCUUCUAACUCUGCCUCGCUCUACAAGGUGUCAGACGCCACAGGUUCCCUGACGAAGACCAAAGUGUCGGAGAAGUGCCCGUUUGCCAAGGAGCUGCUGGUUCGGGACGACUGCUUCAUCCUGGACAACGGCGCCAACGGAAAGGUCUUCGUGUGGAAAGGUAAAGGAGCGAACGCUGCAGAGAAGACGGGGGCCCUGCAGAUGGCAGAUAACUUCAUCAAAGAAAUGAAUUACCCCAGGAUGAAAACACAGGUGGAGAUUCUGCCACAGGGGAAGGAGACCAUCAUCUUCAAGCAGUUCUUCAAGAACUGGAACUAAACAUUUCACGGGAGAGUUCGACCAAAACACCCCCUGCACCCGAGAUGGAGAUCUGAAAACAUUUGUUCUCGUGUCACAGUUUUGCCUGCCUUUUGAAUAAUAAAUCUGAAACUGCUUGUUA